AUGGAGACCCGCGUUUCUCCCGUGGCUAUUCAGAGGAGCAUUUGGGAUGGUCGGAUACCACUAGAGAUCGUCCUCGCACCAUCAGAGAGCCGAACUUAUGAUAAAACCGACCCUUAUCUUAUAUCGUUCCCACGCAUCUCAUAUCUACCAGCACUGCUCCCCAAGCUUCGAGCAUUCUUCUCGACCUCGUUGAUCGAACCCGACUCUAAGUCUCACGAAGGUUGGUUUGCCUUCGAAGGUGUACCUCUGAAAUGGCACUACCCUAUUGGCCUAUUAUUCGACCUCUACGCUGGCGUAGACCCUGCCACCAGGGGUAGCACCCCCAGUGCAGAUUCACAAGAGGACGAAUCACCGGUCCCAUGGCGCCUGACCGUGCAUUUCAGAGACUGGCCUGUUGAGGACCUCGUCCGCCUCGAUGCAAAUGGCAUGGUCAUGAAUGACGCAUUUAUCAACAGCGUCAAAGAAGCAGACUUCCUGCGCAAUGGAACCGCCAAAGGCAUCAUGAGUCUUUCAAAAGAGGAUUCGUCGGGGCUAUGGAAAGCUGUUGAGGAUGUGGACCUACCAGCCUUUCAGCGCAUAUCCAGCAUCCUUCUCCCAGCGCCAUCGCAGCCGUUUCGCAAUGUACCCAUUCGUGUUUUUCUGCCCUUACCACCAGACGGAGACUCCCCGUCAUUGAAGGUCGUACAAUCGCCAUUUCCUCCCUCAGUAUCCACACCCAGUGUUCAAGCUAGUCAAUCCAUUAGCCCCAGGUCGAGUCCGAGUGUGCAGCCGCAGACUGUGGGCGGUGUUUUACAUGCGUUGCUUCCAAAUCUAUUUCCUAGUCGACGAACUCCGGUACUUGCUAAGCCUGUGUUACAUGGUGCAGUACUUCCUAUGUCUGCCCCCAUUGAAGAGGUGAUUAGGACUUCUGCGUAUGGCGAUGGAUGGGCUUAUGUGGUUGUACGGAUGAUGGGCUAA